AUGUCUAACCCACCGCAGAGGAACCACAGGCCCAUUGACCGUCCCUUCUGGCAGCAGAAGCUACCGAGCUGGAAUCCCGUGCUGAAUGCGGGCAACGCGGCGCUGCCUUUCCUGCUGGCCGGCUUCAUCUUCGUGCCGGUCGGGGUGGCCGUGUUCCUCACCACCAGCCGGCUGCAGGAGUACCAGUUCGAUUACACGGAGUGCCGGCAGGUGAACACCAAUAAGACUUGCGCGUCGGUGAUCGCCAAGGAGCCGUCCAAGAGCUGCGUGUGCUACGAAAUCAUCACGCUCCCGGAAGACUUCCGUCAAACGGUGAACGUGUACUACGGCCUGACCAGCUACUACCAGAACUUCCGCUUCUACGUCCAGUCGCGGGACGAGAAGCAGCUGCUGGGCUUCCCGCUCAGCGCUCGCUACGUGUGCAAGCCGUACGACGUGGACCCCAAGGGCUACACCAUCUACCCCUGCGGCGCCAUUGCAAACAGCCUCUUCAACGAUACGUUCAAGCUGAGACACAAGACUGGCACCAACUACAGGGACGUGGAACUGUCCACGCACAACAUCACCUGGCCUCUGGACCGGGAACGAAAGUUCAGGAACCCGAUAAGCAAGAAUCUGUCGGGCACGGUGAAGCCUCACAGCUGGCCCCUGCCCGUGGACCAGAUCCCGGGAGGCUUGCAGAACGAGGCGUUCAUCGUGUGGAUGCGCACGGCGGCGUUUCCGUCGCUGCGCAAGUUGUACGGCCGCGUCGCGAGCACGGGCGAUUUCGCUAGCGUCAUGCCUCGAGGCGAUUACUACCUCGAGGUGCACUACCGCUACCCGGUGACGGUGUUCGGCGGCACCAAGCGGCUCAUCCUUUCCAACGCCUCGUGGAUGGGCUCGCGCAACCCCUUCAUCGCGAUCGCCUACGUCUGCGUGGGCUGCCUGUGCGUCGCGUUAGGCCUAGCGUUCGUCGCCAUCGACCGGAGAUUCGGAAGCAUCAAGUUUCCGAUGCCGGAGAUCUCGGACUUCUACAAGAACCGACAAGUGUGGCGGGCGCGAAAGCCUUCACUGAUGCCGCUGCCUCAACCCCGCUCGGCCAGCAAAGCCGGGCGGCCGCCUAGCAAAUCCAGCGUCCGCUGACAACGCUCCUCUCGUCUCGUCUUUUCGUAUUCGUGGAGUGUUUUCCGGCAUCGCCUUGGACGCUGGAAUCCGCCAUACGAGACGCAUGCACGAGAACAUCAACAUAUUGUUUCGUUUUAUUCAACGUUUUCAUUUUCCUCCAUAUUUCACCAGUGACGCCAUCAUGUUUUUGCGCUCAUGUGUGGGCUCAAGAUCCACUGCUGCGCCAAUUUUCGCGUCGCUCCAUGCCAUCGUGGGAGGGCCACUAUGGGAAAAAAUAUAUAUGCGCAUACAUUA